CACCCUUUCCGGCCUGGCCGCCCGGCUUUGCCCGCUUCUACCGGUGGAUGCUGCGCCUCUCCGAGCGCAACAUGAAGCUGCUCUUCGCCGCCGCCCUCAUCGUGGGCUCCGUCUUCUUCCUGCUGCUGCCAGGACCCUCCACGGCCGACGAGAAGAAAAAAGGGCCUAAAGUCACCGUCAAGGUGUAUUUUGACCUACGAAUUGGAGAUGAAGAUGUGGGCCGGGUAGUCUUUGGUCUCUUUGGAAAGACUGUUCCAAAAACAGUAGAUAAUUUUGUGGCCUUAGCUACAGGAGAGAAAGGCUUUGGCUACAAAAACAGCAAAUUCCAUCGUGUGAUCAAAGACUUCAUGAUCCAGGGCGGAGACUUCACCAGAGGAGAUGGCACAGGAGGCAAGAGCAUUUAUGGCGAGCGCUUCCCAGAUGAGAACUUCAAGCUCAAGCACUAUGGGCCCGGCUGGGUGAGCAUGGCCAAUGCUGGCAAAGACACCAAUGGCUCCCAGUUCUUCAUCACUACUGUAAAGACAGCCUGGCUUGAUGGCAAGCACGUGGUAUUUGGCAAAGUUCUAGAAGGCAUGGAGGUGGUGCGGAAGGUGGAGAGCACUAAGACAGACAGUAGGGACAAGCCUCUGAAGGAUGUGAUCAUCGCAGACUGUGGCAAGAUAGAGGUGGAGAAGCCUUUUGCCAUUGCCAAAGAGUAGAGCACCAGGGACCUCUGCCCUCUGCGUGACCAUCAGCACCAACCCUGCUGCCCUUGUGAGGGUGAAGGUGGCCUGGCCUAGGGCUCCAUGCUGCACUGUCCCAGUGCUGGACCACUUGCCUCACAUUCCACAGGCCAAAUUUUGUAACAAACUACUGGUAUCAUUGCUGACCAAUAAAAAAAAGUGAGUUUUUUUUUUAUAUA